AUGUCCCAGAACUUUCACCUCCUCCUCUUCCUCCUCCUCCUUGGGGACUCCGGGGUGGGCAAGACCUGCCUGCUUUGCCGCUUCACCGACAACGAGUUCCACUCCUCGCACAUCUCCACCAUCGGUGUUGACUUUAAGAUGAAGACCAUCGAAGUUGAUGGCAUCAAAGUACGGAUACAGAUUUGGGACACAGCAGGGCAGGAGAGGUACCAGACCAUCACAAAGCAGUAUUACUCUCUUUCACAGGGAAUAUUUUUAGUCUAUGACAUUAGCAGUGAGCGUUCUUACCAGCACAUCAUGAAGUGGGUCAGUGACGUGGAUGAGUAUGCACCAGAAGGAGUCCAGAAGAUCCUCAUAGGGAAUAAGGCUGAUGAAGAGCAGAAACGGCAGGUGGGAAGAGAGCAGGGGCAGCAGCUGGCUAAGGAGUAUGGCAUGGACUUUUACGAGACAAGUGCCUGCACCAACCUCAACAUUAAAGAGUCCUUCACUCGUCUGACGGAGCUGGUGCUGCAGGCCCACAGGAAAGAGCUGGAUGGUCUCCGAACACGUGCCAGUAACGAGCUAGCACUGGCAGAGCUGGAGGAAGAGGAAGGCAAAGCUGAGGGCCCAGUGAACUCUUCAAAGACCUGCUGGUGCUGAGGGUCCUGCGUAGA